AUCAAUCUGCAAUUCGCCCAUCGAUCCAAAGGGUGGUGUGGAGAAUUUGAAUGGUCCCAAGACGUGCGAGAACAUCAAAUUAAUCUCGAGCUGAAAUUCGUAGAUUACGUAGAUCACUUAUCUCCGUUUUUAGUCUGGGGGGAAAUGCAGUUUUUAUUAAAGGAAUUCUAUUAGUAUCAUUCAACCUCAUCCACACUCACGUCAUACGUGUCACUCCAGCUAUUAACAGCCGAAUUACCACUGAUAAAAUUUACUCAAACUCUGAGUGACAUUCAUUUUCUGUGUGAGUGAAAAGUUCAGGGCGCUGCGACCUUUUUUUCCCCCGUAUCAACUGAGAAGCAAUUCAACGAACAUAAUCCUGUCUUUUAUUUUAAUGCAAAAUGCAUUGUUGGAAAAAUGCCCUGGGUGAUAAAAAUAUGAAUGUUGUGGCGCUGGAAAGAAUCGUCUCUUUAUGGUCUUGCUCUCCCCUGUAAUCCCCCGAACUCCUCCCCUUCUUUCGUGGAGAGCUUCAUUUGAUCAAAUCCUUCAACUUGGAGCGCUUCGCUGAGUCGCACUUUUCUCACAACAUCUCAACUGUGGCUGCGCUGCAACUUGUACGAGGACUUCUUCUUCCCCCAUCAAUAACUAACGCAAAAUAGACCAGACGGACUGUAUCCUGAAAUUAUCCGCGAUGGAGAGCGGGAUCAGAUAUUCCCGGGUUAAUGUCAGUGCGUUCUGCGCCCCGCUUGUGGUUCUACUAUUGCUCGCUUGGAUUCCGGUGACCAAAACAGUGAUAACUUGCAGGUCAUGUCAGCUGCUGGAUAAGUGGAGUGGUCGGGAAUUACUGGUGAGGAUGAACGGCGGUGUUCAGUCCGCAGCAGGGUCUGUGGGUAAAGUUAGUGACAAAAAUGGAGACGGGGCAACGGCGCUGUUUAAUUCGGCUGGUGCUGAAACUGGGCAGCGCGGCUGCAGCGCGAGUGGGAAACACUCUAAUCACUCUGUGCGAAAACGGAAUACCGACAAGGCAGCCGGUGGCAAAAUGCCAUCCGAUAAUAAAUGGGAGUCAUUGCGCAGUAAUGGCAACGUUUCCAAACCCAAACGGUCAGGUUCUGCCCCUGUAGAUCUUAAGCAUCGAGUUCGCAGAAGCGCCCAGGGACCCGUUAUGGCACCAGGCUCGCCCCAGAGUGAGCGCUUGCCGCCGGCUUUUGGGAACGGCACCGUGCGCGCAGCGCGUCGAGUCCCGCGCUCUGAGUUGAGGUUGAACAGGGAAGAGCGGAGAACGGCCACAUCGCGGCAGGAAGAGCUGAAACUUACCAGUUCUACCUUUGCACUGACAGGGGAUUCCGCUCACAACCAAGCCAUGGUGCACUGGUCCGGCCAAAACAGCAGCGUGAUCCUCAUGCUGACCAAACUGUAUGACUUCAACCUUGGCAGUGUCACCGAGAGCUCCUUAUGGAGGUCAACGGACUACGGAACUACUUAUGAGAAACUCAAUGAGAAGGUGGGCGUAAAAACCAUCCUCAGCUAUCUGUACGUCAGCCCCAACAACAAGCGCAAGAUCAUGUUGCUGACAGAUCCAGAGGUGGAGAGCAGUUUGCUCAUCAGCUCAGAUGAAGGCGCCACCUAUCAAAAAUAUCGCCUCAAUUUCUACAUUCUGAGUCUGUUGUUUCAUCCAGAGCAGGAAGACUGGAUCCUAGCUUAUAGCCAUGACCAGAAGCUGUACAGCUCUGUUGAGUUUGGCCGUCGAUGGCAGCUCGUUCACGAGCGGGUGGCGCCCAAUCGAUUCUACUGGUCUAAAAUGGGCCUUGAUAAAGAGCCAGGCAUGAUUCACCUUGAAACCAGCAUCUCAGAAAACCAGGCUCUUUAUGUCACAUGCAAGCUUCAGAACUGCACAGAUGCUAACAAGGGCAAACCAUUUCCCGGAUUCAUUGACCCAAACUCCCUAGUGGUCCAAGAUGAGUAUGUUUUUGUCCAGGUGUCAACCGGUGGUCGGCCAAUCUACUAUGUGUCAUCCAGGCGAGAUGUGUUUACACCCAUGAAGCUUCCCAAAUACACCCUGCCAAAGGAUCUCCAUGUGAUCAGUACAGAUGAGAACCGCAUCGUGGCGGCAGUUCAAGAGUGGAACCAGAAUGACACCUAUAACCUGUAUGUGUCCGAGGCUGGAGGCAUUUACUACACACUGGCUUUGGAGAACGUCAUGAGCAGUAUGGGUCCAGAGGGAAAUGUCAUGAUAGAUCUAUAUGAGGUGGCAGGGAUCAAAGGCAUGUUCCUGGCCAAUAAAAAGCUCAAUAAUGAGGUGAAGACAUAUAUAACCUAUAACAAAGGCAGAGACUGGAGGCUCCUACAGGCCCCCUCAAGUGAUCUCAGAGGGAAUAACAUCCAUUGCAUACUGCCAUACUGCUCCCUGCAUCUUCACCUACACGUAUCAGCAAACCCCUACACCUCUGGAAACAUAGCCAGCAGAGAGUCGGCCCCUGGAAUCAUAGUAGCUUCAGGUUCAAUAGGUGCGGAGUUAACAAGCAGUAACGUUAGCAUGUUCAUCACAUCCGACGCUGGAAACACAUGGCGCCAGAUAUUUGACGAAGAGUACAGUGUGCUGUAUUUGGACCAGGGUGGGGCUUUAGUGGCUAUUAGACACACCCCUCUUCCCAUCAGGCACAUCUGGUUGAGUUUUGAUGAGGGGAGGGUGUGGAACAAAUACAGUUUUACUUCAUCACCCCUGUUCGUAGAUGGAGUGUUGGGUGAACCAGGGGAGGAGACGCUUAUCAUGACGAUCUUCGGGCAUGUCAGUCACCGCUCAGAAUGGCAACUAGUAAAGAUAGACUUCAGGUCUAUCUUUAACAGAAGAUGCAUGGAGCCUGACUAUGUGCAAUGGGAUUUGCAUGACCAGGGUGAACGCUGCCUCAUGGGGGUAAAACGAGUCUAUCGAAAGCUGAAGCCCAUAGCAAGAUGUGUUAUGGGUAAAAGCCACUCCGUCACGAUGAUUUCACAGCCCUGUGACUGCACUGAAUCAGACUUUGAGUGUGAUUAUGGUUUCGAAAGACAGACUGAUGGCAAAUGCACUCCAGCAUUUUGGUUCCGUCCUUCCUCUAUGUCACGGAGCUGUGCCACAGAACACACUUUCCUCAACAGCACUGGGUAUAGAAAGGUGGUGUCUAAUAACUGCACAGGUGGGGUGAUGGAACAGUACACGGCCCGUAGGCAAGUGUGCCCUAGCAAGGCACCCCGCGGCCUUCACCUAUUGACCAGCGAAGGGAAGCUAACUGCUUUUCUUGCAAGCAACGUCACUUUCCUUAUCUUCCUGGAGGAGGGUGAUGGGUCAAAAACCAGCAUUACAGUGGAUUUUGGAGAUGGAAACGCCUUCACCUACUCCAACGUGAGUUCUUUAGAGGAUGGAAUUAAACACAUCUACAAGAACGUGGGAAUCUACCGGGUGUCAGCCACAGCAGAGAACAGUCUGGGCUCUGAAGCUGUGCUCCUCUUCCUUCACAUAACAUGUCAGUUGGAGUCUAUUCACCUUUCUGCCCCGUUUGUGGCAGUGCAAAAUAAAGAAGUCAAUUUGACUGUGGUCCUCUGGCCAAGCCAAGUUGGAACAGUCACUUAUAUUUGGUGGUUUGGAAAUAAUUCUGAGCCCGUCAUCACGCUCGAGGGGAGUGUGGCAUUCACGUUCUCUCGAGAGGGAAUCAAUGUUGUCACCGUACAGGUGUCUGCUGGGAAUAACAUUCUGCAAGACAGGAAAACCAUUGCUGUCCACGAAUACUUCAGAUCUCAUCUUCUUGCUUUUUCAUCCAAUAUGGAUGAUCACAACCCUGAUGUGGCCGAAUGGAGACUCGAUGUCAGUCAAGUCAUUAAAACCUCUAUGGUGCAGGCGACAGGAGUGAGUCCAGAACAGCUGUUGGUCACUGUUCUGCCUGGUCUGCCAACAGCGGCUGAGUUCUUCCUGUUACCAGACAAACAGCUGACAGAGGGGAAGCCAGAUAAAACAGCUACCCAUUUAGACCAGCUAUCAGAACUGGUGCUCAGUGCUCUGAAUCAGAAUCUAGUUCAGUUCACACUUAGACCUGGAGUCCAGAUCACAGUAUACACUGCCCAUUUAUCAGCAGCGCCUCUAGUGGACACAAGUGAGAACCACAGCGGCUCAGCUAUGCUUAUGCUCCUCUCUGUGGUUGUGGUGGGUUUGGCUGUGUUCCUCAUCUAUAAAUUCAAAAGGAAGAUCCCAGGCCUCCACGUCUAUGCAGCGAUGCAGGACGAAAAAGAACAAGAAAUGAUCCAGAGUCCAGUGUCUCCCACAGACAGCACACCCAGCUGCAGUUCUCAGAGAGAGCUGCUCACUUCACUGGAACCUCUGGACACAGAGCCCAAUACUCAGACCAUCGAAUGCAUCAAACCUCAUCCACGUGUCAAAUUCUCAUCGGAUCUUCCUACAUACAUCGACGUUUGAACUCUGGACUCCGUCAUGUCGAAAACUUGCGGACACAAAGGUUUCAAGCUUUAUUCAGUACUUGUGCAUGUUGGACAUUAACUUUACUGUGCUCUGUGAAUACUAGAACAAACUUUGUACAGGUUUUUUACACAUUCAUGUAUUCAAAAUGAGAACAGUUUUUGAAGCCGUUAAUUUAUAAAGAUUGCCAGUGUGUACAGAGUUAGAGUGAAAGACCAGCAUGUCCUAGAGUGGAAUCAGAAAAUUAUUCUUGUUUUCUCUUAGGUGUCUUUUUUAUUUGUAUUUCUAACAGUGGUCAUACAGUAUUAAUGAGAGUAACAUAUUGAUGUGUGACUUUUUGGGAGUGUUUUAAUAUCAAACUGCAAAAUGAUUAAUGAUAAUGAUAAACCUUGUCUGGGUUUUAUUUUGUAAAACUGCAAUGGGGUUAAAAGGUCGGAGUCCACUUGUGAACUUGUGGAGUUCAUGCCAGCUCGAGUGUAUGCUGUCAUGCUGUCACUUAACAUGUACUUUAUUGCAAAUUAUGGUUUUACCACUAAUUUUCGUGACUUUAUUUAUGAAACAGGGUUAAAGUUCAAGCUUGUUUAUUUUGUUUUGAUUCUCUGCAACAUCUGAGCACUCUAGUUGAUUUUCUUAGUCAAAUCAAUUCUUCAUACAUUGUUAUUAACAAUUAACUUCUUGGUUUACCGAUUUGUAUCAAGACAUGCUUUGUAAACAUUAAGCAUUAUGUUCUCAAGACACUAUGUCCAAGCAAAUAAUGAUUAUAAUAUUAAUAUUUAUAUAAUAUUAAUGGUAACACUUUAUUAUAAGGUUGUAUCCAUCAACAUUUGUUAAUGCUGUAACAAAAUAAUAAAUAAUACAUUUACAAUAUUGGUUAAUGUUAAUUUGUACAUACAC